AUGACUUGCAUUCACUUAAAUAAGUUCCAGUACUUGUUACUUUCAAUCCUCGAAUCGACUAAAACAGCAACAACAUACGCCUUUUCUUCUGUCGUGUACUCUGAUCAAGGUUUUAGUGUCCCCUAUAGGACCCCCGUCAAAGCUUAUUGCCGCCAGCAGAGUGUCGGUACCAGGGCUUUAGAUUUCGCUGAAAAAGAUCUAUGGAUACUGACAAACGUCGAAAUGUGGAUUAAAUGCGUGAUACAAUUGAAGAGAGAUAGCGGUUACUAUCUCAAAAGUUUCGAUAUAAUUCCUCGAAUGGUCGGUUAG